AUCAUGUCCUACCUUCAAUGUUUCACUAGUAUGGAACGAAUGUUCAUUCAUCUCAUGCCACUUUAUGGUCCUAUCACGUGAACGAAAUGCGAAAGAUCAAGAUUGUAGGUAGACUGUACAUGUACAAAGUACCAACUCUAUUGGUAAUGGAAUGCGAUUAAGCGUUGAUUGGUCAGUUGCCACUGUGGCGCGAGCUCCCCUGUAAGGCCCAUUAGUUCCGGAACGAGCCGUUUACAUCAUCCAGACAUUGUUAAUCGAUCAAUUCAACUUUUUCAACCGCCAACGAUAAACUGUUUGAAGAUAUCGUGAAAGCGAAACCACAUAGUACUGUGGACAGCGCAUCAAGAUGUUUUCGCGACCAUUAUUCUCGGCGACGCUGCGACAAGCCGCCCGUCCCUUAGCCCGGCCGGCCACAUACAACCUCAGACCUGCACCGUUUCUAACAUCUUUCCAACAACGGCUACUAUCUGAGCACACGAAACAAGCGAUCGAGAAGGCGGUUGCAUCCGCGCCGGUGGUGUUGUUUAUGAAGGGGACACCCGAAACCCCUCAAUGCGGCUUCUCCCGCGCCAGUAUCCAAAUACUGGGUUUGCAGGGUGUCGACCCCAACAAGUUUGCCGCCUUUAAUGUCUUAGAAGACCAAGAACUCCGAUCAGGUAUCAAGGAAUUUUCCGACUGGCCUACGAUCCCGCAACUCUAUAUCGAUAAGGAAUUCGUCGGUGGAUGCGACAUCCUCGUUUCCAUGCACCAAGACGGCUCUCUAGCUAAGAUGUUAGAGCAGAAGGGUGUCCUAGCUCCCAUAGAAGGGACAUCUGAGUCUAAGGAAUGAAGGAAUAUAGAAAGGCAACAACAUUAAAAAUAGAGCAUCGGACAGCCAGGCGUGACUUGUACAACCUGGUCGUAUAUCAAGGCAUUAUGCAUAUGUACUUUAGAGACGAGUACUUAGCUGGGUCAGCUAAUGAAUUAGGACAGCAUAUAAUGAGGACGACUAAGUCAUACAUGAGACGUAAGGAACAUACACAUGUGGUGUGGUGAGAAGACGCUGCAUAUGGCCACACAGUAUAGCAC